UAAAGUACCCACUCGUAUACAAAGGCAGUUACUUCGCCAUUACUAAGCGUACAUUAGAUACUGCAGUAAUUCUUACUUUGACUGUUAUAUUUUUUUAAUGCGUUACAAAAACAAGGCGUAUCAGCACUGUAUAUGUUUAUACAAACAACUAUAUAUGAAGUAUGAAAUACCUCAUAGAGUCAUGUCAUUGUCUAUUAUCGAAGUGCAAGUUCAGAUUGUAGAGGCGCAUCAGUGAGUUUAUUGCAAGUGUAUGUGAUAUGAACAAUUUUUUUAAUACUUAGGCUUCGAUUCUACGUCACGUACACUCUAUUUCUUAAUCGUUAGGAAUAUUGUGUCCAGUUGUUACCAAAAAGUAGUAAACAGAAAGCAGUUAGAGAAGUUGAGAUGGCCGAAGACGUACUAAUAACAUUUUUGCCCAACGAGGUUAUUGAACUCAUUUUGGAAAAUGAAAGUUUAUCUAUUAAAGAUGCUAUUAAUUUUGCUCUUACAUGCAAGGAUUUACACAGAAUUGUACUUGCCAGCAAUAAACUGUGGAGAGCAAAAUUUUUCCAAAGGUGGCAUCUUUUAAAAGAAGUUUAUAUAGAAUAUGAAAAAGAUUGUAAAAUAAAUAAUUGGUUAAAUGAAAUUCAACAUAGUAUUAGUAGCAGAAAAGCAUUGAUGCAUCAGCUAUCUCUGAUGCCUGUAAAAUAUUAUAAAAAACAAGAACUUUCACAUUCAGAGUUUAAAGACUUUGAUCCCUUAUUCCGUCCAGAAAAAGGAGCUUAUCCUUUAGCUUAUCACUUUUUAGUGGAUGAAUUAAUAAAUAUAAUUGAAUGUCCUACAAUACGAUGUAAUCUAACGAAUAAAUAUUAUGCGUAUAAAGUGAUACGAUACAUUAAACAAAAUUAUUUAAUGGAUGAAUGGCACAAAUUUAUUAAACUACCUGCGCAAAAGCAACUUUUGGAGCUAGGAGCUACGCUUGUAGCUCAAUGGAGUCAACCAGAAAUACAUGUUUCUUACAGCUAUAUAAGUGGCAUGUUAGAUAGCAUAGUUGAUUAUGCUAAAAGAGUACUCAAAGAGCAAUAUCCUUCACACCCGCUAUUCACAACAUCACCAGAACAGCUUAUUUAUUGGAAAGAGAACAACAUUGAUGAUAAUCAAUGGUCAACUGUGGAAACAAAACAAGUUAUGGCAGCAUUAUGCGAAGUUAUGUUUAAUAGAUUAGGUUUUCAUGGAAAUAACGAAAUGUAUUAUAAUUCUGAAAAUUCUCUUAUUAAUAGAGUUCUUGAACAGAAACAUGGUAUAUCCAUUACUUUAGCAAUUGUUUUUGAAAGUAUUUGUCGAAGGAUGGGUGUAAAAUGUGAACCAAUCACUUUUCCAUCUCAUUUUUUACUACAAUGGAAAGAAAAAUAUACAAAUCUUUCUAAUCCUGAUGAAGUUGAAAAUUUUUAUAUCGACGUAUUCAAUGGUGGUCAAUUUCUAACUCGACGAAAUUGUCCUCGAUUGGGUGAUGUGUCAAAGUGUCCAAUAGAACGAUAUGAUAGACAAAAUGCAUCAACAGCUAUAAAUGUUGUAGGAAGAAUAGUGAGCAAUUUAGAGGUUGCAGCGAGGCAACGUACACAAUUGAAUGGAAGAGCAGCCCGUUUACGGUCUGCUCUUGAAUUAUUGCACAUGGUACAUCCACACGAUACAGUAGUCAUUUUACAUUUAGCACGGUUCUAUAUGUUAUAUCGAAUGGAUUUAUCAAAAUUAGUUACUGUUCUCACUUGUAUACAAAAAGAAUCAGAACUUACAUCUAGAGGACCAGCAAAUCACAUUCUUCACAUGCUUCAGGGUUAUCAAAUGGUUUCUGUAACUGAAGAAAUUAUAGAAGUGAAAAAGCGGACGCCCGAAGUCAAAUAUGCAAUAGGGAUGAUAAUGAAACAUCAUAGGCAUAAUUACAUGUGUGUUAUAACUGGAUGGGAUUUAAAAUGUGAAGUUUCACCCGAAUGGAUAAUAGAAUUUCUGGGUGUCGAAGAAUUAAAUAGUGGCUCUAAUCAGCCUUUUUAUAGUGUGUUUGCCGAUGAUGGUUCUUCUCAGUAUGUAGCACAAGAAAAUUUAGUAAUGACUACAAAUCCUGGUUGGGUUGAUCAUUUUGAAACGGGAAGAUACUUUGUGGAGUUCCAUGGAACUCACUAUCUGCCUAAUAACGAAAAAGCAAGAGAAUAUCCAGAAGAUGAUAAAGUUCGACAAAAACUACUUUCAAAAUAUUUGUAAAAUUUCCUUACAAUUUUGUACAUUUUAAAUUUUGUUCAA